AUGCCGAACGCCAUCGUCGAAAUUCCGGAGCCGCCUCGGAAGCCCGUAUUGGGGCACGUGACCGAGAUCGACCAGGACUAUCCCCUAGGGUCCUUUGUACACAUGGCAAACAAAUAUGGCCCUAUUUACAAGCUUGAUCUUCUGGGCCAGAAGCUAGUGUUUGUCAACACCCACGAGUUAGUCAACGAGUGCUGCGACGACAAGAGGUUCAAAAAGUCGAUAGAAGGGGACCUCGCUGAGCUUCGCGAGGCGGUACACGAUGGCCUUUUCACAUCGAAAGGCGUUGAGGAGGAGAACUGGGGUAUCGCCCAUAGAGUCUUGAUGUCUGCUUUCGGUCCUCUUGCCAUCAGAGGAAUGUUUGACGAUAUGCACGACCUAGCCGCCCAACUAGCCCUCAAGUGGGCACGCCACGGAUCUUCUACUCCUAUCCACAUCGGCGAAGACAUGACGAGACUCACCAUGGACACAGUCGCCCUUUGCUCGAUGGGAUACCGGUUUAAUUCUUACUACCGCGAAGACACGCACCCCUUCAUCACAGCAAUGUACGCUGUCAUGAAAGAAGCCGGUGACAAGGCAUUGCGCGUCCUACCUCAAGUCUUCUACAAGAAACAAGAUCGCAAGUUCAAGGCAAAUAUCACCUAUAUUCGGUCCAUCGCAAGAGAGGUUCUCGAGGCUAGGAAGAAGGACCCGGAUGACGCCAAUGGUCGAAAGGAUCUGUUGACAGCAAUGCUCAACACCGUUGACCCUGUUACUGGCCGUAAGAUGACGGACGAGAGCAUUAUUGACAACUUGAUCACCUUUCUUGUCGCCGGCCACGAGACUACUGCUGCUACAUUCACCUUCACCAUGUACUGGUUGCUGAAGAGACCUGAAGUGUACCGGAAAGUACAAGAAGAAGUCGACACCACGGCUGGCGAUAGACCUCUCAAGAUCGAACAUGUUGCAAAGCUGAAGUACUUGAGUGCAGUCAUCAGAGAAGUUCUGCGACACAGUGCUCCCAUCUUUGGUUUCGGCAGAGAGGCCAUGAAAGACGAGAUCAUCGGUGGCAAGUACCGCGUCAAACCCGGGGAGCAGAUCCUGUGUUUCUUGACCAAGUCACAUCUUGACCCCAAGGUAUUCGGAGAUGACGCAGAGGAGUUUCGACCCGAAAGAAUGCUCGACGAGAACUUCGACCGGCUGAUGAAGGAGUUCCCUAACUGCUGGAGCCCCUUUGGCACCGGUAUGCGUGGCUGUAUUGGUAGGGCAUUCGCCUGGCAAGAGAUGGUGUUGGCCCUUGCUUUGCUGAUGCAGAACUUCAACUUUGUCAUGCACGACCCCAAUUACGAUCUUAAAGUCUCCCAAACGCUCACAAUCAAACCCAAAGACUUCUAUAUUCGAGCCAUUCUGAGAGAGGGAUUAACACCGUCGAUGCUGGAAGCUCGGAUGGCCGGGUCUUUGACCGGAGGAGUGCCCGCCCAGACAAAGGCCAAAGCCCCCGAAGCUACAUGUACCAGCGGAGCAGGGGCUGCAGAUGACUCUGCUAAGAAGGCGAAUGUGGCAAUUUUCUACGGUUCGAACUCUGGCACCUGCGAAUUUAUGGCCCAGAGACUUGCUAGCGAUGCGGCGUCACAUGGCUUUAGCGCGACUGUUGACUCACUCGACACCGCACGAGAGUCUCUUCCAACAGAUCGUCCCGUCGUUAUCGUCACCUCUUCUUACGAGGGUGAACCGCCUCACAACGCUGCGCUCUUUGUUGACUGGAUGGCCAACCUCAAGGCCAAGGAACUUGAGAACGUGUCUUAUGCUGUGUACGGCUGCGGUCAUGCCGAUUGGGUAAAAACAUACCUUCGGGUACCCAAGCUCGUCGAUUAUACGCUCGAAGAACGCGGAGCCCGUCGGAUCAUCCCGCUUGCUACGACGGAUGCCAAAGACCGAGACAUGUUUUCUGACUUUGAGGCCUGGGAGGAUGAGUCUUUAUGGCCUGUGCUCGUCAAGGAGUUUGGUGGGCAGUCCGAAGGAGACAACAACAGCAUCGCUGAGGCAGGUUUGUCAGUGUCAUUCUCUACUCCGAGGACUUCAACUCUCCGCCAAGACGUCAGAGACGCUCUCGUACUAGAUUCUCGGACUCUUACCCGCGGACACCUGGGCCCUGUCAAGAGACACAUUGAGGUGCAGCUUCCCACAAAUAUGCGAUACUCGGCUGGUGAUUAUAUCGCCGUGUUGCCUCACAACCCCAAGGACACAGUCGCCAGGGUGAUGCGUCGCUUCCAUCUUACCUGGGACUCUCAUGUCACCAUCCAGGCUUCAGGGCCCACGACAUUGCCAACUGAUGUUAGCAGCCCGGUUUCUGACGUUCUCAGCUCUUACGUUGAGCUAUGCCAAACCGCUUCAAAGAGGAAUAUCUUGACUCUAUCGCAGCUUGCGAAGAACGAAGAAGUGAGUCGCAAGCUUCAGUACCUAGGCACCGGUGGCUACGACACCGAGAUCAAGACAAAGAGGCUAUCGGUUCUCGAUAUUGCCGAGCAAUUCCCAUCCUUGAUCAUCCCUUUCAACCACUUCCUCCUCAUGCUUCCUCCUAUGAGAGUUCGUCAAUAUUCAAUUUCUUCGUCACCUCUUGUGGAUCCUGGUGUCGCCACCAUCACCUACGGCGUUCUAGACGAGCCUGCCUUAUCGGGACAAGGCCGGCAUGUCGGGGUCACUUCCUCUUACCUUUCUACCCUGAUUGCCGGUGACCGUCUACAAGUUGCCAUACGUGCUUCACAGGGCGGCUUCAAGCUUCCAAUCGACAUGCAUAAGACGCCUCUUUUGUGUGUAGCGGCCGGCACCGGCUUGGCACCGUUCCGUGCCUUCGUCCAAGAACGUGCUACCCUACUCAACAACGGUCGCUCUCUCGCACCGGCUAUCUUGUUCUUAGGGUGCCGUGACCCGGAGGCUGACGACCUGUACCGUGAAGAGUUCGACAAGUGGGAAGCUGUCGGUGCUGUAAGGAUGUUCAGGGCAUACAGUCGCAAGCCUGAAGCUUCUAACGGAUCCAAGUACGUGCAAGAUCGUAUCUGGCAGGAGCGUGAGAUGUUGUACGGGCUGUGGGAUCAAGGUGCCAGAGUUUAUGUCUGUGGUUCGAACAGAGUGGCCGAAGGAGUGAAGGAUGUUCUGCUUAGAGCGGCUAGGGAGAAGAGUGAGUUGGACGAUGGAAAGCCGAUGAAUGAUGAGGAGCUGGAAGAGUGGUUCAGCAAUAUUCGCAACGAGCGUUAUGCGACUGAUGUAUUUGACUGA